AUGGCUCCCGCGCGCAGUGAAGAAGCGCCUCAGGAAGUGUUGAUUACGAUCGAUAUCGGAACAACCACGGUCAAAGCCUUCGUCUCCGAGAAUCCCGACUCCCCCGAUUCGAUCGACUACCCCUUGGAGUUCCGUUUGAGCGAUGACGCGGACAGGAAGAAAACGACCACAGAACUCGAUACCACCAUAGCCCUCUCUGAAGAUGGCCAACACUGCGUGUUCGGUCCCGAUGGCUUGUCGUUCUCUGGGUUUCACAUCUUCAGGGAUUGGAAACUCGGCGCCAUGGGCUUCGAACCGUAUGCCCACUCGCUCGCAAGAUCCUGUGAGCUGCUUGAAGCAUCCGCUCCCCAAAUAGGGCCUGUCAACCCUGCCAGCCUAUACCGGAAGCUUCUCUCGCAUAUCUCGGAGACAGCCAAAGAACAUCUCCACCGGAAGUACGGUGGCAACUUUGACGCGAUAAAAUGCUAUCUCACAUACCCGGUCAGCUGCAGUGAGUCGUUGAGGCUCCUUCUUCUUCAAGAGCCUUCCGCUGUCGGAAUGGAAGUCACCGGGGCUGUUUCGGAGGCCAUGGCGGCUGCCUACUAUUUUGUCAAAUACAAAAGAAGCCUCGGUCUGCCACGCGGCGCGAAAUUAUUCAUUGACUUCGGUGGCGCCACUGUUGACGGCGUGGCUGUAUAUGAGGAUAGCACGGAUCAGAUAAAGCAGGCUUGCCCAACCCAUGGGUUUCCCGGUGGAGGACAAAUGAUCAACCAAUUUGCACGCAACUGGCUCACGAAACAAUGCCCCGAUUGGACUGCACUGGAUUGCGAUGUUCACUGGACUCUGAACAUCUCUUCCCAAAUCGAUCGAUGCAAACGCAACUUUAAUGGCCAAUCGAGUCACAUUCUCCAUGAUGGAAAUGGCCGCCCCAUCACUUUACCCUCGCAUGUUAUGAAAUCCUUCUUCGAGCCUUUGAUUGCCGGAGGCGUGGGGCUAGCCAAAAAACUGUACGAGAGUGCGAUGUCUGCUGGGCAUCUCGUCAAUGCUGUGGUGGUCUGCGGUGGAGUAGGGGAAAAUGGGUGGUUCUUCGAGGAGCUAUCUCGGAGAAUACUCGAUGAAACUGGUGUCGCAAUAUGCAGGCGAAUGUCAGAGCCCGGGGCUAUAGCGCAUGGAGCGCUGUGCUACGCUCGCAGCCCUAUCGUUGAAGAGUGUGUUAUAACACGACAUCUGGGCCUGUCCUACGAUGGGGACUAUACAAGAAAUGGGAAGCCUUUGAAGCUUGGAGCGUGGCACAGGGGCAUAGGAUGGAUCCUUCGCGAGGGUCAAGAUCCUAACCAGUUACCCGGUUGUCUGCGAUUUACGAAAAAAAUCCAACCUGAUUCGACGGAUAAAGGUGAUCUCAUCAUCGAGACGGAGAUGUACGUUACCCCCGCCAACUUGAAAACAUUUGGCAAGUACAUUCGGAAGAACAGACUCAUCGAAUGGGACUGCGAUAUAACAUAUCCGGCCACGGAGCGGAUCCUCGCCCGGUUGUCUCGCCUGGGAAAAUUCUCCGGGAUGCUUCCCCACAAAGAAAUGUUUCCGCUUGGGAUUGAGACGAAGGAAGUCGAAUUUGAAUUUCAACUUACCCUAGAGGCUGAUAAACAGCUGUUGAAGGCCUCCUUUUCUGUCAAGCUCAGGGACGGGCGUUUCUGCCCCCUGGAAGACGUGCGUUAUAUUCCUCUGCCGUUAGUACCCAGAUCAGAGUUUAUGAACCCGUGUGUUCGAUAUGGUCAAGAUUUCGCAAAUCGAAGCGAGGAGAAGGAACAAACACCAAACCGUGGGCCGCAGAGCCUCGCCUCCGUUGCGUCUCUCCCGGCCUCCCUGGAGAGUCGUGGCCCAUCAACGACGCGGGCACACAGCGGACCUGCCAUUGUCGUACCGCAGAGUCCCGUGCAGUCUGAACGUGCUACGUCUACCACGCGCGAAUGGAGUUUGCCUCCUCGUCGACACGUAAUCCGGCGGCAUGACUGGGGACGGUAUUCGCGAAUCUGGAAGCCACCAGAGCUCUUGCCGAGCGACUAUGCGAAUGCGAAGGAAACCGCUGUACGGCUGAAUAGAAAGUACGGUCGGUCCCGACAGGGCAGCCCACGCCUUGUGCCGUAUUCAUCAUGA